AUGUUGAGACAAGUUGGCCUUUUGAAAUUCGAUCUAGGAGAACGACACGCUGAUAUAGUAGUUAGGGAUGUGCAAAUAUGGAUAGAUAGAGACAUGGCACAGGAGGAGGAGCACGAUAAUGAUACCACCAUUUGGUCGUAUUCUGGUCGAUUUAUACAAUAUGUAGAUCUUAAUAUGCUACCGCUAUGGUUACGUCCAAACAUAUCAACCAAUAACGAUACAUAUUUAUGUUUCACAACUAGUAAAGCUACAAACGCAUAUUUCAAUUCUAAAUUAAGGGACGGUCGGAGAGGUAUUGUGGUAAGUUUUCCAACACAAGAGAGUGAUGAUAAGAGUGGGUUAUGGAUAUUUUACAGAGAUGAUGCUGAUGAUAAAUUCAAUGAAGAUCGAUAUGUGAAAUGUUUUAUGCUAGAUCUGACACGAAAGACACUGAUUGAUACUCAAAUACAAAACUCUACAAAGGAUAGUACCAUGGGAAGAGAAUCUAGUAUUGAUGACAUCUUGAAGAAAUCUCAGAACAGAAUCAAUUCAGCAAAUAAUGAAGUCGCAAAGAGUGUUCGUAUUAAUGAUCGUAGACUGCAAUUCAAUGAAACCCUGUCAAGGUUGAUCCUUGGUGGGUUAAGGCUUAGAGGCAUACCAAAUACCCAGUCCUCAUUCCAACGAUUGUAUAAGAUGGCGUUCGAUGCAUCUGAAUUUACGUACCGGAGGGAAUUGAAAGAGAUAUCCAGAGGUCAACAACAGGAGAUUCCGUUCGAGGGGCUACAGGAAACUGUCGAAAUACUGUUGAAGCUAUUUACUAAGUCAUGA